AUGUUCGAGUUCCGCGAUUUCAAAUUUCUCAAGAUUUACAUCGCAUGCAUCUCGAUCUACGUCGUCGCCGCCAUCGCCGCGGUGGUCUGGACAUACCAGGGCCCCGUCGUCGUCAGCAGCGAGUACACGAGAAGCAGAGUCUUCCGCACCCCGGACGAGCUGAAAGUCAACCAGCUGUACUCCGGUCUGGCUCUCUCUGCACUGCUCGCGCCUGCGGGCAUGCUCGUGCAGUGGAUCAUGCACGAUUUCCGACAGUUGCGGCUGUUUGCCCUCACAGCUCAGAGACCUGUUCCGCUGGCGGAUUUGGACAGCAUCGGAGACGAUUCGAGCGCGUGGACGCUCCGCGUUCUGGGGAAGUAUUCGUGGUGGUACGCGGUUAUGCAGGCGGCGCUCAUUGUCAUCCGGACGAGCAUCGUCCCCGUGGGCACUUUGAUGCUCACCACCGGGGUUCACCAUGAGAACAGAGAUGGGACCGGUGUCGUUGGCUUACCCAUCCUGCCAUCCGAGGACUCGACUGUUCGAAGGCUGGCCAACGCCAUGGGGUGGGAUGGGCAGGGCGCUUUCUCCCAGACACUUGAUGGAAAUGACACAUUUCUUUCUCAAGCUGUUUACACGUUUGUCGGCAACAUCGUUAGCCAAAGCGCCCUGGUCGACGUUUUCUCCGGCGUCAUCGGCCCCAUCCCGACGCACAACCUUACCUUCAACACCAACACAACGUACGAGGGUCUCGUGCUGUAUCACUGGGACGCGAAGUGUGAGGCUGCGCUCGACGUGCCUUACACGACGUCUCUGAACGGAUCGAGCGCGACGUACGUCUUCACGAUGCCCGACUCAAGCACCGAAACCAUCGACCUCGGGCGCCUGAAGCGGGAUUCUCAGUCCCUGCGGUUGUGGAAUAACAGAGCCAAUAACUCCAUCAACGGCAUUCCCAUCGGCGGCACGACCUACUUCAUCUCGGGUACCUAUGCCUCUUCCCUAAAGAACGACUCGGCCGUGGGGCGAAACGACAGCAGCUUGACCAAGACCGAAGAAGGACAUUGGAUUUCCCGCACCCGGUGUACUCCGGAGUUCAGGUGGGAAGUAGGUUCCUGCACUUUCAACGGCACGCUUAUGACGGCUUGUGAGGGCAAGCCGGGUACCAACACCACGGCCUUGGACACCGCCGCGCUGGACAGGUUGAAUGACUACAUGACGGCAAUUCCGCUGUGGAUCUCGAAAGAAAAGCUCUCAAGUGAGAUCAUCGACAGAACCCUCGACACGCUGUAUUCCAUCCCGACGUCCCAAGACUGGGGACACUUUUACGGAAAUAUCGCGCAGUCGAUCGCGGCAAUCUCGACUGCUGGAUACUUUGGAACGGCCUCGGUGCCUGUGGUAGAAGUUGUCACGGAGCAGGUUUACAUUAUGAGGACGGUGGUGUUGUGGGUAGUUUUGGCCAUGUUGUUAACCGUUCUCAUCUUGAGUUGCCUCGAUAUCUACCGAAGCAAGUCCCGAGGCUUGCCUUUCAGGACGGCCACGUUCUUGGCCAUAGCAAACGCCGUCAGUGGCCCAUGGUGGGAUCAGGAAUUAUACGGGAGCUGUGCAGCUACGGAGAUGGCCAUGCAGAAGCGAAGUUCGUCGUCCGUCAUGUUUGGUGUGGACGCGAAUAACCCGUACCAUAUUGGGCUUCUGCCAGCAGUCUUGCCGAUUCAACGCGACAAGUCGUAUUUUGGAUAUGAGGAACGCGGAGUGGCCAAAGUUGAAAAGAACGUUGUCAAGUUAGAGAACUAG